AUGGUCAAUAAUAAUAAUAAAAAUCAAAUGGGAAAACCAAAAGUUACUAAGAAGUCUGCAAAAAUAGGUAUUUUGUUUAGAUGAUAAAUGAAAUAGCUAAAAAAAAGAUUACAAAAAAAUCAACUGGUCCAAGACCCACAAGAACUAUUUAAGCAACAGUUGCUUAAGCAUAAGCUACCACAUAACCUAGUGCUGGUCAAAGAAAAUUACCAAGAUAAAAUAGAAGAAACAAAUAAGCUAAAGGAAAAUCAAAUAAAAAAGCAUAAAAAAAGUGAAUGAAAUAUAAUUAAUAAAUAUUUAAUAAUAUAAUUCAUAGAUGUUUUUCAAGUAAAAUUUGAAGUUAUUAAAGCUUUGGCCGAUUUUUUGGAUUUGGUUAGUAACCAAAACUUGAUAAUUUGUUAAAGAAAGAGAAUCUCACAAUUGAGUGUAUUUUUAAUGAAGAUGAUAUUCUCCAAGAAUUAAAAGGAACAAGUUCUUCUAAAUUUGCUGAUUUGUAUAACAUUUAUGUAAUUUUAGCUUAAUUUAACAUCCCUAAGAAUAUCUAAAGAUGAUCAAUUAUAUAGUUGAAGAGAUUCCUGAUUAAUGUAUGGAAAAAAAUAGAUGUAUAAAGUAUAAAUAUAUAUAUAUAUUAUUUUAAGAUACCCAUUUUAUGGAAGUGAGAUAUUGGGAUCUGAAAAUGAAAAAUUAAUAAACUUUUUAUUUGAGAAACCAAGUGAAUAGCCAUCAGAUGAUGUAAGAAAUCCAAUUGAAGAUGAAGAGACUGAAUAAGUAGAGUCAUUAGAAUAGAAUAAUAAUGCUUAAGAAAAUGAGAUAAUAAGAGCAGGUUUAUUGGAUAAUUUAUUAAAAUUGCUUGAGAGUGAUGCAAUUAUAAUCACAACAGCUGGAUAUUUUGCAAAAGUUGUGAAUGCAAUUAUACAUAAGAAAGGACAUUGUGUAAAUAUUUAUAAAUAAUAAUAAGUUUUGGGAACAUUUAAAACAUUAUCCAGAUAUCCUUUCAAAUUUAUUUAAACAUGCUUAUUUAAAACAUAUAGUGGAUAUUUUUGAGAAGUUGAUAAUAUUAGAAGAAAAUUUUGAAUAAUCAAUUGAAUAUUUGAAUGAAAGAUCAGCUUUACUAUAAAGAUUAGUAGUUUUUCUAAAAGGUAAAUAACAUUCUUAGGUAAUUGUUGGAAAUAUUUGUGAAUUAUUUGUGGAAUUAUAUAAAAAGUCUAUCAAUUAAUUUGAUACUUAAAAUUAAGAAUUAAAAAAUAUGUUAGCAUAAUUUACAAUUACAACAACACCAUUAUUUUUUAUGAAUUUAGCAUUAAUUACAUAAUAGAGUGCAGUAUAUAAUGUACUUAAUGUUUAAUUUGAAUUUGUUAAUAAGUAUUAUCUAUCAGAUUAAUCACAUGAUGUUAAUAUUAAUUUAAUUUAACUAUACAAACCAGUAAUAUAGUUAUUUGAAAAAGCAUUAAAAUAAGUAGAUAGCUUUAAGAUUCCAUUUAUUUCUACAAAUGGAGAUGAAAUUAUACCUUUGGGAGAUGCAAAAUUAUUAAUAAUUUAAUUAAUUAUUUAAUUAGUCAAUAAAUCAGAAUUCUAUUCAUAUUUCACUGCAGAAUUAUUUUCUUAGGUAAUUGAUCUUGUGAAAUUAUAUCCUACUAAUAAUUAAUUACAUUUAUUAUUUGAAAGAUUAAUAGUCACUCUUGUUGAAACAAAUGAUGAAUUAUUACAUAGAUUGAUAUUUGAAGAUACAAACCUUUUACUCUUUAUUAUAUAAAAUAAUGAUGAAAAAGCUAGAUAAAAUAAAUCUGGAUUUAAAGGAGUAUUAACAAGACUAUCAAAUUAUUUGGAUUGCAAUAAAAAUAAAUCAAAUUCAUUUCAAGUCAGUUCAUAAUUAUGUAUUAAAUUAAUUUUGUAUAUAUUUAGUAACAACUAUUUAAAUGGAUUGGGAUGAAUAUAUGAAAGGAUUAGCUAUUGUCAAUAAAAUAGAAUAAGAAUGGAUUUUGGGAAUUAAUCCUAAACAAAAAGAAUAAAAAUUUGUAGAAGAAAUAAUCAGUCCAAAUGUUAAAGAGGAAACAUAAGAAUAGAAUCAUGUAAUCUAAGGAAUUAGAAAAUGUAUAAGUUCUGAUAAUAAUGAUGUUGUUUAACCAAGAGAUGUUGAUCCUGAAGGUGUUGAAAUUGAGGAAGAUAUUUAAUUAGAUUCUGAUGAAAAAUUAAAUGAAGAUGGAAAUAUAGAGGAAUAAUAAAUAAAACAAUUAGAUUCAGAAAAAUAAAAAGAAUUUGAAGAAGAAGUUGUGAGAUAAAUUAUAGAAAAUAAUUAGGGUAAUUAAGAUAUAAAUUUGGUGAAUGAUGAAAAUUAAGAAUAAUAAUUGGAAACCAAAGAAUUAGAUGAAAAAAUUGUAGAUGAAUAAAGAAAUGAAGAAUAAUAAAAUAAUUUAGUAGAUAAUCAAGAAAUUAAACAUUAAGAAUAAUAAAAUGAAGUAAUUGUGGCUGAAUAAGAUCUAUAAGAAGAAACAUAGAAAUUAGAAUAAACUGAGGAGACUUAGGAAAUCAUAACAGAAAAUGCAGAAUUAAAAGAAGAUGAAGGAGAAAAGGAAGAAAUUGAAGAGGAAAUUGCUUGUUCAUAAGAUUCAUUAGAAGAUUAGCUUAUUAAGAAUGUAGAAGAAUAAUAAGUUUAAAAAAUAGAAUAAGAAAACGAAAAUAAAGAGGAACCUAAAUAGAUAGAAUGAU